UGGCCCCUGUUUAGAACCGCCCAUGCAUGUCUCCAGUAACAUCUGCCUCACCCCGGUAUAAACACUGAUCCCAGGCCUGCUCACUGGAUCGCAGCGGACGUGCGUCGCAUUGAGAGCAGAGACGCUGCUGCUCCUGCUGCGAGCGACGCCCCGAACCCUCCACCUCCGCUUCAUGCCAGGAGGGGAAAAUAUAGGGAAAGGAAACAGAAACCCCGCUCAUUUAGGUCAGUUAAGCUGCUGGUCAGCUGGGCUGGGCAUGCGUGAUUCCCGUGAAGCGCUCCUCUUGGACGCUGCGUGGAUUUUCCUCCGCCGCCAUCGGUGGGAAGCAGAGAUGCGCUCAGUGAGCGGAUUGACGCCCCCUAAAAGCAGGCCGCCUCUCCUCCACCGCGCUGGAAGACAGAGAGGAGAAGGAGGCUUUUUCCUCCAGAUGCUUUGGAGAUGAAGGAUAAGAAGAGGAAGAGGAAGAAAAAAACUGAGAGGAUUACAGCACAUCGAGAUGGAGGCGAUUUAUAACUAGACUUUAUUAUUAUUAUUAUUUCUUUUUUUGUGUUGGUUUUGUUUUCCAAUCAGCCGUGGACGGACAGGCGUGGGGGGAUGAUUUGAUGGGGGGAUCCGCUCUGACUGCUGCUGCAUCCAUGGCAAACACUAGCGAGUUCGGGGAGAGCAGCGCGUCCUUCCACGGCUACGCGUCCACGGCCUCUGCGCUCAAGCUGGCGUCCCUGGGGCUGAUCAUGGCCAUGAGUCUGCUGGGAAACGCGUCUCUGUCGCUGCUGCUGCUGAAGGACAGCUCUCUGCACAAGGCCCCCUACUUCUUCCUGCUGGAUCUGUGUGUCGCGGACGUGCUGCGCUCGGCCGUCUGCUUCCCGCUGGUCAUGGCGUCGAUCGGCGCCGGCUCCGCCUGGCCGUACGGCGCGCUCAGCUGCAAGAUCGUCGCCUUCAUGUCGGUGCUCUUCUGCUUCCACGUCGCCUUCCUGCUCUUCUGCGUCAGCGUCACCCGCUACAUGGCGAUCGCCCACCACCGCUUCUACUCCAAGCGCGUGAACCUGUGCACCUGCGUGGCGGUGAUCUGCAUGGUGUGGACCCUCUCCGUGGCCAUGGCCUUCCCGCCCGUGUUCGACGUGGGCACCUACAAGUUCAUCCGCGAGGAGGAGCAGUGCACCUUCGAGCACCGCUACGUCAAGUCCAACGACACGCUGGGCUUCAUGCUGAUGCUGGUGGUCAUCGUGGGGACCACCCACGUGGUUUACAUUAAGAUGCUGUGCUUCGUUUACGAUCACCGUAAAAUGAAGCCGGCCCAGUUGGUUCCGGCUAUCAGCCAGAACUGGACCUUCCACGGGCCCGGAGCCACCGGGCAGGCCGCCGCCAACUGGAUCGCCGGCUUCGGACGCGGACCCACGCCGCCGACACUGGUGGGCAUCAGGCAGGCUUCCCACCUGGGCAACAGGAGGCUGCUGGUGCUGGACGAGUUCAAGACGGAGAAGCGCAUCGGGAAGAUGUUCUAUCUGAUCACACUGGCCUUCCUCAUUCUGUGGGCUCCUUAUAUUAGCGCCUGCUACCUGAGGAUAUUCGUGCGUGGGGCCCCUGUCCCCGAGCUCCACCUGACUGCUGCGGUGUGGAUGAGCUUCGCCCAGGCGGGGGCCAACCCCAUCAUCAGCUUCAUGUUCAACAGGGAGCUCCGGAUGAGACUCAGGGCCUGUUUUUCCUGCUGCCUGGGGACGCAGACCCCCAUGGAGCCAUACUGUGUCAUAUGAGCCCCCCUUUCCCUAAAAAAACAAACACAGCCAAAGACAACUUUAUACUCUCUAACUGCUGGGUUUAAAAUAACCUGAUCUGGUCAUUUAAAUGACAUAACUGGGGUUCAUAUAACAGAUUAUUUAACCAUCAAACACUGAUAAAACAUCCAGCACAUAAAAAUGCUUUAACAGUUUGGGCACAACUAGUUUUGGGUGGAUUUUAAUCAGUAAAUCAGGGUAAAAAUACCAAUCAAAUGUUUUGAAAUAAACCUAAUAAACUAAAUGAGAUAAAUUCUAACUCAUUUUGAUGAUUUCGUUUUUUUUUUUAUUAAAGAGUAAUAACAAAGAAUUUUAUGACUAAUAUCCAUAAAUAUUAUAACAACUCUUUUUGUCUGAACAGUGGAGUUUAGGAAAAUUUGAAAAAUUUACAUUAAACAGAAAUUGUUUCAGUUAAUGCUUACAAAAUAGUUCCCAAAGAUCUUUGGUCUAUGUGGAAAAGUCCAUCUUUCACAGUUUCUAUUAUUUAGUGAUUAGGUUUGCUUCCUUGUUUAUCCUCUGAGGAGUUCUAAUGCUACAACAGAAGAUUAUAAAAGCUUUAUUUUGUAUAAAAAAAUUAUAUUUGGUUUCCUAAACAUUGCUUUUAAAGAAUCCCUGCCCUUUUUGGAUUAAUCAGGAUCAGGUUGGAUUUCUUUAAAUAUUUUGGGGCGUUUUCACGCCUAUAGCUCAAUGACAUUUCUCUGAAUCAGUUGAUGAGUUUGUUAGCUUGUAAAUUCCUCUGGUCAUUUGUUUUCACACGGGUUAGACUCCAAGCAAACAAAGCGGUCCCUCACCACGCUUCAGCAUCCAGUCUGCUUACUGGCUGGAGGUAGAAAUACAGAGAAUUUGAUGAAUUUGAUGAAUCUGUCUGGCUACUAUACCAACUAAAUCAUUUUAUUGCUGUGUUCAAUCAA